AGCUCUCUUUUAGUUUUGACUAGUGAGAAAUGGCUUUUUUCUGGGUUGCUUAUUUUUACUAGGAAAGUGAUUGUCUAGAAUCUGCUGUAGCUAAGCUCUUUGCAUCUGCCAAGAGAAGAGGAAUGUUAGUGAAUAUGGUGCUUCUAGUCGCUGCUUGCAGAACUUGCCACCUGAAGGAGAGAUUCAGGUUACUACUACUGCCUUUGAGGUCCAGAAGCUUCUGGUUUCUGGUAGAAUAGGAGAGGCUUUACAAUGUGCACAAGAAGGUCAAUUGUGAGGGCCAGCCCUUGUUCUUGCAGCUCAACUUGGUGAUCAGUUUUAUGGUGCUUCUGUGAAACAAAUGGCUCUUCAGUUAAUAGUGGGAUCCCCUUUGCGGACAUUAUGCCUGCUAAUUGCAAGGCAACUUGCAGAUGUAUUUUCUGAUACGAGUAGUAGCAGUCUGCUUGGUGCUGUAAUAUCUCAACAUUCUUCUGAGAUUGGAGCUACCUGUAUGCUUGAUGAAUGGGAGGAGAAUUUAGCCAUCAUAACCGCAAACAGAACAAAAGAUGAUGAGCUUGUGGUUAUUCAUCUUGGAGAUUGCUUAUGGAAGGAGAGGGGCGAGGAAUGCUGUGUUUGGAUUCUUUUGAGGUUUAGGUUACUGCUGCCCACAUUUGUUAUUUAGUAGCUGAAGCAAACUGCAAGUCAUAUUCAGACACUGCAUGAAUCUGUCUCAUUGGUGCAGAUCAUUUGAAAUUCCCUAGAACAUAUGCUAGUCCUGAGGCUAUUCAG